UUUAUUGAUUUUGUCGAUAAAUUAAUUGCAAAAUUUGUUUGAAUAAUAUUUAUGAUAAUAAUAUGUGUUUUGAUGGCAAAAGUGUUGUCAUUUGAGUGCUUGUAAUCACUAAAUUAUAAUGUAUUGUCUGUGAGAUGUAUGCCCACAACCAUAACUACCAGCCCUUUCACCAAUAGUGAAAAUAUAUUGUCUAAUAUAUGCAGCAUCUGUUGGCGAGUGUAGGCCUAACCAUACAAUCGACAUCCCGGCCUUCAUUACAAGACACGGACCAAACUCAACAUUUUCUACCGAUAAUUUAAAUUGAUCUGGGGCACAUUUCAACACUCAAUGCAAUUGAUAACCGGAAUAAAAGCAAUUCAUUUCAAUUGAAAUUAUUUUUGGUCACAUUAUGUCCGUGCGAUCCAUUCGCAUAUUAAGAUUACUUACACCACUAUCAGCCAUAUCUUCAUCCGUCUCGACAGCAAUCGCUAUACUAUCUAAUGAAUGGCUUCACACCAUUGAAUACAUGCCCAACAGUUUGUAUCAAAAGUUUACGAUCACUGAUCAGAAGGAGUUCCACGAGAAGAUCACUGUCUCCGGCCUCUGGCAGCUCUGCCAUAACGACCCCCCUCAGACACUGAUGCGUUGCCUUGUAAUCGACUACUUCUCUAAAGAGGAGUACAGUCCCGACCCCAACGACUCAACGAUGGCCAUACCAUAUGCGGCCAAAAGGGCGGCGAUAUUUCUGAUGAUUAGUUGUGUAAUACUACUAAUCGGACAGUUAUUAUGCUUUUUGGGUCACGUCUGCACCCGAAGGCGAGUCUUCACAUUCGCGGCCGGCAUUGCAUUC